AUGAGUCCUCCGCCGCCCUCACCACCUCCCGGCUUGGAUAUCGAUGUGACUGACGCGCUGCACUACCUCGACGCAGUGAAGGCACGCUUCCAGGACGAGCCCGAGUCUUACAAGGAGUUCUUGGGGGUACUGAGCGCGCUCAAGGCUGGAGAGAUUGACAUGAGACAAUGCGUCCAGCGAGUGGUAGAGAUGCUUCGGGGCUAUCCCGAAUUGAUUGUGGGCUUCAACGUCUUUCUGCCCCGCGGGGCUAUCCUCGACCCUGUGAGUGACUGUACGCAGGAACAAUGCAACUCAUUUAACUCGCCGCAGAAUACAGGUGCCAUUGUGCAGCUGCCGGACUCUGCCUGA